AUUUAAUUAUAUAAGUAGUAGAUAAUGACUUUUUAAUUAUUCAAUAUAUAUUUAUUAUUUCAUAAUAUGCUAUAAACAUAUAAUAUAUACAAUAAUUUAUAUAUAUAUAAUGUUCAUCCUGCGCAAGGCGCGGGUCUUAAUCUAGUUGCAUCUUAUACAUCCAUUUAGGUUUUCCGGCUCAUUGAUUCCUAAUGGUGUUGCAUAACAAUAUGGGCUAGGCUUAGAGUUUGGGCAAUGAUUUAUGGUAUCAUAUAGUAAGCCAUAACAGACCAUCCAAUUUGUCACUCGGAUUUCCUUAGGAUUCAUUUAUGAUUGAACGAAUUAGAAUUGAGAUAUAGAGUUGCAAGUUAUUUUUUAAGGAACACUUGUAAAAACAUAUAAACAUAUAGUGUAGAGUAGAAGUAUAUAUAGGUUUGUGAAGUAGAACGUGUCAUUUCAGUCUUAGGUUAUCGAAAAACAAAAUAAAAACAAAAACAAAAACCAAAAUAAAAACAAAAACACAAACACAAAAAUAGGUUCUCUGUAUAUGAGAUUAGUUAAUAAAUUUGAUGUGAGAUUUAUUGUAGAAACAUAACAUAUUACGGAUGGAGUUUAGUUUAUUCUGUUCAACUUUUUGCAUGUUUAUUGUUUUUUGUCAUCAACAUAAACAUACUCAACUAAUGCUCUCUAAAUCAAGCUGGUAACUUUGCGUUCAUAUAAACGAAAAUAAAUGAUAAAUGUUCUUUGGGCUGUCUUCUGCAAACACUUUGCAGUACUACAACCAAACCCGAUUAUAUUAGCGAGCUAUGUAGUGUAGGUGCUGGUUGAAAAGUUAAGUGCUCCGUUUACACCAAAAAAAAGAAAGUUUAAGUGCCCAGAAUAGUAUGAAGAGUAUGACAAAGGAGAGUGAUUAAAACAAAUUAAAUAGCCACUAACGAAAAAAUAGUGAUUGAAGUGCGAUGGGUUCGAGGUUUGAUUCGUAGAGAAGACUUGAAAAACAAACAAAGUGAGAGUAAAACGGGUGUACAAUUCGAGGACGUGACGUGAUUUGCGAAGUGUGAGCAGUUGACUAUACAAUACAUUAUCAAAAGAUAAUUCACAUAAUAUUGUAUAUUUGUAGCAGAAAGUCGAACAGUCUCAGUAGACUCACAAAAUACUAUUUUACCAUUCAAAUGAUCAAAUAGUAAUUUCAUAUUUUCUACAAAAUUAUUGGGUAACAGUAAACAGAGCCGUCUCAAAUUAAUUUUAAAUCCUGUUCAAAAAAAUUAUAAAUUGUAUAUUUUAUCAAGUAAUUUUAAAAUUUAAUAAUUUUGUCUAAUUUUUUUAACUAAAAGUUCUGAAUUUAGAAUUAUAUCUAAAAGUUUAAAAAGAAUUUACCAUAAUUUAUCUAUAUAUAUAUUUUUAAAAAUUAAUUUUUUUAUAUUUCGGAUCCUGUUCAACCGUUCUAUUACGCAUGCCGUUAGAUGGCCUUGACAGUAAAGUACUUCAAAAUGCAAGUACAAUCAAGAGUCUCGCUACUCUCCUCGUAGUAUAAACAUAUACGCACUUAUCAUCAAUGCAAAAAUGAAUAAGUCACGUGGGACCUGUGCGUCUGGCCUUUUCCCUAGAAUCUCAACGGUUCCACCUCUUUCACGGCAUCGGACACGUGACGUCCGGCCUAAAAGUUUCAAACCAAACCCACACGGCUCUAAGGAACGGCACCUUCCUCGCGCCACGUGCAUCUUAAACAGCCACGAUGCAUCACCGCGGUCACGAGAGGUCCGAUUACAAUAAUAUCAAAUUGUAAUCUGAGGUUUAAUUAGAAACCGUUGUCACAUUUCAUAUUUAUCGAAGAAACUUUAAAAUGUUACAUAAAUUUUAUGAAUAAAAAUUAAUUACAUUUCUGCCUAUUUCAACGAUAGUCAUUUUAUAUAUUGAUUUUUGUUUUACUGUAUCAAUUUCGGAAGUACAAUGUGAAUAUUAGCUACAUGAUUAUUAUAUAAUCGAAUUAAUAUCCAAUAUUUACCAACUUAUUCAACAAUAGUCGUUUUAUUUUGAAUUUUGUUUUACUAUAUCAAUUUCGGAAAAUAUGAAUACUAGCUAUAUCAAUUUCAGCCAUGCUACUCUUAUAUUAAUGCAUAUCAUAAUUAAUUAAUAUCAAUCAAAAAAUUAAUUUAGAUUAAAAACAAUUAAAUCAUGUAUAAUCUCUGUCUUUUAUCAUUUCCUUUUCAAAGCAUACCACUAUAUUUAUUAUCAUAAAAGCUAUUUACAAAAAUAUUCUAAAAAACAUACACGCUAUAUGUAAAUUUUUAUAUAAUAAUUUUUGAGAAUAUUAUUCUUUUGCAAUGUAGAGUUUUUUUAUAAACAAUAAACUAAUCUAUAUUUUAUUAAAAAUGAUGAUGAAAAAUUUAUUAAGUUUAUUAAGUUUAAAAUAUUUAAAAAUAAAAGUUUAGUAUGUAAAUUUGAUAUUAUAAAUAUGUCAGAAAUAUCAAAUUAUGUACACAAAUAUCUUAACAAACAAUUUAUUAAUGUGUAUAAAAUCUUUUAACUUAACAUAUUAAAAAUUGGGAAUUUGUGAGAACAAAAUUAUAUUCCUUAAAAAAAUAGUCAAAUAUAUAUUUUUAUAUCAUUAAAAAUUAUAUUUAAUUUUAAAAUAUUAAAAAUCAUUUAAAAAUAAUAGAGGUUAGACCUAAAGAGACAAAUUAUACUAUUUUAAUUCAUAUAUUUAUAUUUAUAGUUAUAUUUAUAUUAACUCUAGAUAAAUUUAAAAAAAUUAAUAAUAUUGUAAAUUAUAUAUGUUAAUAUAUGCUAUAUAUAUGUUAUAUAUAUCGUUGGAUUUAUUUAUUCGAUCAUGGAUUUAGAUCAAAUAUAAAAUUUAAAACUCAAAUAUUAUAAUAUAAUUUAAAAUUAUUUAUUUUUAAUAAAAAUUAUAAAUUUAUACUUAUAAAUUCAUACAUAUUUUAUUAAAAUAAUUAAAAUAUCUAGUAAUCGAAUUACUUCGGAAUACUAUUAACUUUUUGUUCAUUAUUUACCUUAAAGCGACAAACUACAGAAGAAAACGAAAGCCUGUAAGAUAUUUUUUGACCUAACCACAAGCUUUUGUUGACUUUGUUCCAACUAAAAAUGUAGUUUGUUUCCCACUAAUAUGUACAAAAACAUAUAGAAUUCCAACAAACGACAACGGCUUUGUCUCCAUAUGCUUAUGAUAUUUUUUUCAAAAUAUAUAUUUUAUUGAAUGAAACUUCUUAUACUCAUGUAAUAUUUUCUCUGAACCAUUAAUCCCCAUUAUAAUGGUUGAAAUUUAUAAAAAAUAAAUAUUGUGAAACUGUGACAUGCAAUAAAUAGUUGUGCAGGAUUCUGUCCACAGAAAUUAAAUAGAAUUUGUAAACAAACAAAAUAAAAUAAAAGUUAAAGAGGUGCGCUGCGCACAGAAGACUUUUGAGAAGAGACGAGACCUCUCUCUCUCUCUCACUGUUGUUGAGACAACGAAAGAGCUUUCUUUUUCUUCAAAAAUCUUCUUCGUAUUGUCUUCUCUACUGUUAUCUUCAAAAUGAAAAUAAAACUUUGACAAAUUUGGUAAAACCCCAACUACUCUCUGCUUUAGCUUUAUAGCUUUUGAUAUUGGUUCUGCCUCACUCACCUAGAAAAAGACCUGCACUUGCAGAUUACACCAUUAUAAAAUGACCCUCCAAAAGAAAACACUUUCGUGGAUCAUUCAAUGGCGGCUGUGAACUGAAAGCUCCUAGUUUUAUCUAAGAAAGCUUUGCAAUUUAGGGUUUAAACGGAAGAAACGUGUUGCUCAUCUCAAUUUGAUUGUUGCUUCAGUCACAAGUUGUGAAAGCUUGCUUCUUUUGGGACAUGACCAUGUGGCAGUGAGUUUUCAACUCCACUUAUGAAAGUUGUACUCUUUUGCUGUGAUAUUAUUGCACUUGGCUAGAGAAGACUCUUCUUGUCUUUGUUUUGCUAUGAUGAUCAUUCUCCUGCUGGUGCUCUUCUUUGUUGGUUCAUCUCUGAGCCAACCUACGCUGCCUUGUCAUCCCAGCGACUUAUCUGCGUUCCGGGAGUUCGCAGGAGCGUUGAAGAACAGGUCUGUCACUGAAUCUUGGUUCAAAGAUUCGAGUUGCUGUCAAUGGGACGGUGUGUUUUGUCAAGGGAGUGAUGUUCCUGGUCGAGUUACAAACCUGGUUCUGUCUGGAAAAGGUUUGGAAGGUGUGAUGUCCGGUUCUUUAGGCGAGUUGAGUGAGCUGAGAUCACUUGAUCUCUCUCACAACCACCUCAAAGGCGAAUUGCCAGCAGAGAUUUCAAAGUUGCAGCACCUUGAAGUUCUUGACUUGAGCCAUAAUCUGUUAUCAGGGCCAGUCUCUGAAGCACUUUCCGGUUUAAAGCUAGUUAAGUCACUGAACAUCUCCAGCAAUUCGCUAACCGGGAAUCUAACCUUUGUUGGAGUGUUUCCCGGUCUUGUGAUGCUUAACGUAAGCAACAAUCUGUUCCAAGGUGAGAUUUAUCCUGAGCUAUGCAGCUUGUCUAGUGAGAUUCAGGUUCUUGAUUUGUCGAUGAAUCGUUUGGUGGGGAGUGUUGAUGGAUUGUACAGCUGCAGCAAAUCUGUUGAGCUGUCAGUCUCCGGAAACUACUUAUCAGGAGAGUUAAGGGAGAGGUUGAGUAAUCUCACUGCUCUCAAGUCUUUCUUGAUAUCCGAGAACCGGUUCUCUGGUUUAAUCCCAGAUGUGUUUAGUAAUCUCACUCAGCUUGAGCACCUCGACGUAAGCUCCAACAAGUUCUCUGGAGAGUUUCCAUCAAGCUUAUCUCAAUGCUCCAAACUCAAGGUGCUUGAUCUUCGGAACAACUCUUUGUCCGGUUCUAUCGGUCUUAACUUCACUGGUUUGUCUGAUCUUUGCGUUCUUGAUCUCGCCAGCAAUCACUUCUCUGGACAUCUUCCUGAUUCUCUCGGCCAUUGUCCCAAGAUAAAGAUCUUGAGCUUGGCGAAAAACGAGUUCACAGGCAAGAUCCCCGACACGUUCAAGAACCUGAAGUCUCUCCUCUUCCUGUCCUUAUCUAACAACACCUUUGUGGAUCUGUCAGAGGCAAUGAACGUGCUGCAACACUGCAGAAACCUCUCGACUCUGAUCCUCUCAAAGAACUUCAUGCACGAGGAAGUACCGAGAGACGUCACAGGUUUGAACAACCUCGCGAUUCUAGCUCUCGGAAACUGCGGUCUUAGAGGUCAGAUACCGAGGUGGCUGCUGAGUUGCAAGAAGCUUCAGGUUCUUGAUCUCUCUUGGAACCGCUUCCACGGAACCAUCCCUGGUUGGAUCGGUCAGAUGGAGAGUCUCUUCUACAUAGACUUCUCUAACAACACUUUAACCGGAGAGAUCCCUCUAGCCUUAACCGAGCUUAAGAGCUUGGUUCAUUUAAACUGUACCGGCUCUCUUAUAAGUAUCCCUUUGUACGUUAAGCGGAACAAGAGCUCGAGAGGUCUUCCCUAUAACCAAGUCUCAAGAUUCCCUCCCUCUAUCUACUUAAACAACAACCGUCUCAACGGUACGAUCUUGCCUGAGAUGGGGCGAUUGAAAGAGCUUCACAUGCUGGACUUGAGCAGGAACAACUUCACCGGGACCAUACCUGACACCAUCUCUGGUCUUGACAACCUGGAGCUUCUUGAUUUGUCUUACAAUCACCUCCGCGGUUCGAUUCCUCCCUCUUUCCAGAGCCUCACUUUCUUGUCGAGGUUCAGCGUUGCGUACAACCGUCUCUCCGGGGCCAUACCUCCGGGUGGUCAGUUCUACAGCUUCCCUCACUCGAGCUUCGAAGGAAACUUGGGACUAUGUCGAGCCAUUGACUCUCCUUGCGAUGUCAUGAUGAGUAAUAACAUCUUGACGCAGAAAGGCUCUUCUCGUAGUCAUCAUCACAACGGUGGAAGCAGCGUUGUUGUACUUGCAAUAAGUCUCGCUGUGGGGAUCACUCUGCUUCUCUCUGUUAUCCUACUAAGACUCUCGAGAAAAGAGGGUGAUGAUCGAGUCAACGACGCUGAUGAGGAAGUUCCUAAAGCUCCCUUAUCAUCAAAGAUUGUCCUCUUCCACAGCUGCGGAUGCAAAGAUCUGACUGUAGCGGAUCUGCUGAAGUCUACAAACGGUUUCAGUCAAGCCAACAUCAUAGGAUGCGGCGGGUUUGGUCUAGUCUACAAAGCCAAUCUACCUGACGGCUCAAAAGCAGCGGUCAAGAAGCUUUCCGGCGACUGCGGGCAGAUGGAACGUGAGUUCCAAGCCGAAGUUGAAGCAUUGUCGCGUGCCGAACACGAGAAUCUCGUCUCUCUUCAAGGCUACUGCAAGCACGGGGACGAUAGGCUGCUCAUCUACUCGUUUAUGGAGAACGGAAGCUUGGAUUAUUGGCUGCACGAGCGUGUCGAUGGGAGUACGACUCUCAGAUGGGACGUGAGGUUGAAGAUAGCUCGAGGAGCGGCGCGUGGGCUUGCUUACUUGCAUAAAGACUGUGAACCUAACGUCAUCCACAGGGACGUGAAGUCGUCUAACAUUUUAUUAGACGAGAAGUUCGAAGCUCAUCUUGCGGAUUUUGGGUUAGCGAGGCUGCUUAGGCCGUACGAUACUCACGUGACGACUGAUUUGGUGGGGACGUUGGGGUAUAUUCCUCCGGAGUAUAGCCAGGCUUUGAUAGCCACGUGUAGAGGAGAUGUUUACAGUUUCGGUGUGGUGCUUUUGGAGCUUGUUACGGGUCGUAGACCGGUGGAGGUUUGUAAAGGGAAAGGUUGCAGAGACUUGGUGUCUCGGGUGUUUCGGAUGAAGGAUGAGAAGCGUGAAGCUGAGCUUAUUGAUGCAACGAUACGUGAGGAUGUGGAGGAGAAGGAGGUUUUGGAGAUGUUGGAGAUUGCGUGCAAAUGCAUUGAUCAUGACCCUAGAAGGAGGCCGUUCAUUGAAGACGUCGUUGCUUGGCUUCAAGAUUUUCCAAAUCAAUAAAGUAUCUUCAAAAUGUUUAAAAAGAGUUUUGACACAACAGAAAGAAAAAAAACGAGGAGGAGGAGAUGUAAGAAAGAAACAACAGUCUUAAAAAGAUUAAGCUUUAAAACUAGCAUUUAAUUUAUCUUCUGAAA